GUAUUCUGUAUUCCGCUGCGCCCGACUCCCUGGCAAUGAAUCGGUGGGUUUGUCCGCUGACAGUCGAUCUACCUCUCGUGGUUUUCUUCUUGUUCUUCUUCUUCGGCCACACCCUCACACGAGAAGUCUGGACGCCGUCUGUCUGGUUUGACAAGGCCUGCAUAAACCAGGCCGAGUCAGAGAAAAAGAAGGAAGCCAUUGGAUCCCUCCCAGAUUUUCUGAAGCGCUCAGCUCGCCUACUGGUGCUUUGGGACGAGACAUACUUUGAUCGUUUGUGGUGCAGCUUAGAGAUCGCCACGUUUGCCAAGCAUCGCAGUGAUCCCCACGCAAUACGGGUUUUGGAUCGCUUCGUGGCGCCGUGGUUGCUGGGAUGCUUGCUUUCUGAGUGGCUAAUCGUCCGGCUUGUGUGGCCAUGGUUUAUCGCGCUCAUUGCGGCAACAUCUCCAAGCAGUUUUGGCAAGCCUGACACGGUUUCCGACUAUGUGAUUUUGGGCAUAUUGGGUAGCAUCUCUUCGAUCAUUUGCCAGAGCCCAUGCGCUGCAGUGUCCGCAGUGUGUUUCACCCUGAAACUCCAGCAGAGAAAGGUCAUGCUGGAUAGUUUUGCAAAUUUCGACAUACGAUGCGCGCAGUGUGCCCUGGCGAGCGACCGUCCCGUCCUACAGGCCCAGAUAGCCCGGCUGUUCGAUGAAAUCGAUGACAAGCCUAUCAGUGUCGCUGUAGAUGGCCCGGAAGCAUUGCUGAUACCCGCUGCAGCAGAAGAACCGGAGGAAUUGCUUGAGCUGGUCCGAAAUUCUUCCAUUCGCGAAAUUACCAGCUAUCCAAGUCAUGAUGAUUGCCUAGACAUUUUCAACCGAUAUGUCAGGGCCGAGCUCUACAACCAGAUUAUAUCCGAUUUGGGAAGCGCAACAUAUUUACACUGGUGGCUGGCCUUUCUGGCGUUCUUGCCCCAACAGUUUUUCACAGUGGGAUUCGAGUUCUUGCAAUGUGAACAAAUGGGCUGCCAAGCACUGCCUGAAGU